CCCAGGCGGGUUUUUAUUCUUUUCUUGAAAACCAGAGAGGUCGGGGGGGAUCUUCCCCCCCUUCCCCAUCUUGACCUAUUUGCACCAGCAUCAUGACGGAGCUAACCGAAAAGGAGAAUGACCCCCAAAACCCAGAUGCCCAGCGGUCCCCGGGCACCAUCUCCAGCCUCCACGAAACGAAGAUGCAGAGGCUGAAGCGCUCGCUGUCCCUCAAGACCAUCCUGCGUAGCAAGAGCGUGGAGAACUUCUUCCUGCGAUCCAACAGCGAGCUCAAACUCCCCUGCGAGGUGCUUCUGAGCCCUCCGACGCCCUUGCCGCCCCCAUCCCCCCCGCCGAUGCCCACCGAGGCCGUCCUGCCCCGGGCCGAGCACUCGCCCAUCGCCUGCCACCGGGCCCUGGCGCCCCUCAAGCCCAUGCGAACGCACAGCUUCCAGGAGCACGUCUUCAAGAAGCACAGCCCGUGUGAGAUGUGCCACCAGCUCAUCGUAGGCAAUUCGAAGCAAGGCCUGCGGUGUAAAACGUGCAAGGUUAGCGUGCACCUGUGGUGCUCGGAGGAGGUCUCGCACCAGCAGUGUCCCGGCAAGACGGCCACCUCCUUCCGGCGCAACUUCAGCUCCCCCCUCCUAGUGCAGGAGCAUCAGCAGAGCACCUCCAAGGAGUCACCCCCUGCAGGCCCCAGCGGGAGGGUGGAUCCCAUCUACGAGACACUGCGCUACGGCACCUCGCUGGCUCACCUGAACCGCUCCAGCUUCAGCAGCACCUCGGAGUCGCCCACCAGGAGCCUGAAUGAGAAGGACGAGGCCGGGGAGGACGCAGACGGCAGCGCGGAGGAGAGCCACGGUGACAGCGCAUUCAUGGCCCCUCCCGAGGGCGAAAGUCCCGGAUCAGAGGAGAAGAGCCCUGAGCAGCAGGCUGCCGGGGGCUCCUCGCGGAAGGACGUCUCCCCCAUGUACUCCUACGUGGCUCUCUACAAGUUCCUGCCCCAGGAGCACAACGACCUGCCCUUGCAGUAA